AUGCUCGACUUGAUCUGGACACCUUUCGAUUAUCUAUCUCUGUCUCUCUCUCUCUCAAGAAAACUCUCUACCACGCAACGCAACGCAACUGCACACUCCCAAGUCAGCAUUCAAAUCAACCCACGCAUCACUGCAAUAUUCAACAUGUGCACCCAGACAGAAAACGUGGAAGAGUGCAGUCGAUGUGGCUACACAACUGCCGUUCUAGACCCAAUUGAGAGCUGCGGUUUGAGAACUCCGGGCUCGUACCUCGACCCAAAGGUCAACUGCUACGUCGGGAGAUGCUAUGGAGUGUCCUUCACUUCGUAUGUCGACGCUGUUAUUUGCCAGACUUGCAUUGCAAAGGAGGAGCGGGACAACAUCAGACGGAACAACAAGAAGGCCGUCCAUGCCUUUGAGAAGUGA